AAAAACAAUAAACAUGGUGCUUUUAUGUUUUAUAUACUCCAAAAAGGGGUCUGCGUGACAGUGAGAUAGACAGAGAGAGAAGAAAAAGAAGCGAGUGAGCAAAGUUUCUCAAAAAUGACGAAUCUGUUUCUAGGGUUUUUGGUGAUUUCGUUUUGCUUACUUGGGAAUUUGAUUCACGCAGCUGACGGCUCGAUUCACGACUACAACAACAGCGGAGGCUUCACCAAAAUCGCCAAUGCUCGCUACUUCGUUGGUGGUUCUGAAGGAAUCUAUGGUUCUGAGUUUCUGGAUGUUCAUCAUGCUUCUUCUGAUACACCUCUGCUCAAGGGAAACUCCUUCAUCAGGUUUGAUGAUAUCACUUUCGUAAGAACCAAGGAAUCUGCUAGCAAGCAGAAUUCUACUCUGGCAGCUGCAGGCUUGGUGGAAGCGAUACUGUUUGAGGUGAAGCAGCGAGAUAGAGUUGGUGGAUCUUUUUUCAAAUCUGAGGACAUGUGCUGUACGCCAAAACUUGCGGAUGCUGGUUCCUGCAAUCUUGGAGAGGUUAUGAUUAGUGCAGAUCCUAAUGAUCCUGAAUGGCCUAAGCGGAUUCCCACUUUUUUCAAAAGGGGUGAGGAAGAAGUGAAGAUGUCUCCGGAAGCUGUCAUUAUCAAGAAAACUGGAUUGUACACUGUUUACUUCAUGACAUGUGAUCCGGAAUUGGAUGGCGCAACAAUCAGAGGAAGAACAGUUUGGAAGAACAGAGGUGGCUAUUUACAGGGAGAGAAAGCUCCUUUGAAGAAGUUCUACGCCUCCAUGCUUUUGGCUUACGUGGUUCUUGGCCUAGUUUGGUUUCCACAAGUUGCUCAGUAUUGGAAAGAUGGAAUCCAGUUGCAUAGUCAUAUCAACUUUGUAAUUGCAUUUACCAUGGGUGAAUUGGCCUUCCUCUACCUUGACUUCGUUUAUCUCGACUCAGCUGGUACAAGUCCUAUGGAGGUUACAGUAUGGGCAAUAACCCUUUCUUCCAUGAGGAAGGCACUCUCCCGGCUUCUACUGUUGGUCAUAUCUUCAGGGUUUGGGAUAGUGAGACCUACCCUAGGUGGCAUAACAUUGAAGAUGCUUCUUAUUGGUGUCUUAUGCUUUGUUAUAAGUGAAUCCCUCGGGUUGGCUAUGCAAUUUGGGAACAUCUCUGAAAAUGGAAUGAAUUACUUAAUGCUCUCUUGGGCUAUACUGGAAACUUGCUUUAUCCAGUGGAUUUUCAGAUCCUUGUCGAAAACGCUUAAGAAGCUCAAGCUGAAUAAGAGGAACAUUACUAAGCUGCAGCUCUACAAGAUGUUUGCAACUGUGCUUGUAAUCAUGGUUGUGCUCAGUUUUGCCUGGAUUUAUGUGGAGGUAUAUCUCUACAGCUCCUUGAGUCAGUUUUGGAAAGUGAAGUGGAUUGUUCCAACACUUUGGUACAUCCUUUCUUAUGCAAUGUUGGUACUGAUUUGCCUCUUUUGGCCUCCAUCGGAAAAACCAAUGAGGUACCUAUACGUAGCUGACAUGGAGGAAGAGACUGAAGAAGAAGAUGAUCUCUCCACUGCAGAAACCGGUAUGAACGCAACAAAGGCUGAAUACGAGAGGAGUGAAAGGAAGACCCUGCUGGAAGCAUUCAUCCUAUUGCUUGGGAAUAUACCAGGGGAGAAGUGAAACUCCCCAUCUUACAAAGUUACCGUCCUUUUAGCUUAAGCUGCCUACUUCUCAUCCUUUUUCAGCUUAAGCUACUCCUAAUCAUCCUUUUAAACCUACGGCUUUAAGUUUUUUUUUAACUCAUAUAAUCUUCUGCAGUAGACUUGACUUAAUCGGAUUUUCUGUUUCAUGAACUUGUUGGUAGUGUGGAACAAAUGGGAAAAUGAAUAUUUUUGGAACAAAUUGAUUUUCUGUUUCAUAUUAAGUUAAAUCAUUCUGUUUCCACUGAAAUAAAUUGUUUUCCAAAAAUCACUCCGUUUAUUAUGUC